AUAAAAAAACUAUUGACUCAAUUUGCCCCAAGAAAUUUCUGGAUUGUCCCCAAAAAUUUCUCAAGUGUACCCAAACCUGUGAAAUAAUGGCGACGGUAUAAAAGCUGAUUAAGAUUGGUAGCGAUCAAAAUGUUAACCAUGUCCACUUUAAUGAUGCCUGCCGCCACUAUGACAACAAUGACCAAUGCGGGGCCAAUACCAGUGGCUGCAGCGACGAAACUCGAACCCAAAUUACUGCAAUUGCCCCACCCAGCGCUGAUGCCACAGAUACAACAGCAACCACAACAGCAGCACCACCACCAACAUCCGCACGGGAACAGCAACAAACUCGAACAUUACCACAUCUUCGUGGGCGACCUCAGUCCGGAAAUCGAAACGCAGAACCUCCGUGACGCAUUCGCACCUUUUGGUGAAAUAUCCGACUGUCGAGUGGUCCGAGACCCCCAGACCCUUAAAUCCAAGGGAUACGGAUUCGUUUCAUUUUUAAAGAAAUCGGAGGCGGAGUCCGCCAUCACCGCGAUGAACGGUCAGUGGCUGGGGUCCCGGUCGAUCCGCACCAACUGGGCCACGCGAAAACCGCCCGCACCGAAAAACGAACUGAACUCAAAACCCCUGACCUUCGACGAGGUGUACAACCAGAGCUCACCCACCAACUGCACGGUGUACUGCGGGGGCCUCACCACCGGCCUGACGGAGGAGCUGAUGCAGAAGACCUUCCAGCCCUUCGGUACCAUCCAGGAGAUACGGGUCUUCAAGGACAAGGGAUAUGCUUUUAUCAGAUUCUCCACGAAGGAGAGCGCCACCCACGCGAUCGUGGCCGUGCACAACACAGACGUGAACGGCCAGCCCGUGAAAUGCUCUUGGGGCAAGGAGUCCGGCGAUCCCAACAACGCCCAGACUCAAGGACAGCUGGGCGGCACCGCUUACAGUCCGUUCGGCGCGUACACCGGCGGCGUACCGCCCGCUUCGUACUGGUACAACACCUACCCGCAGCAACUCGGCGGAUUCCUGCAGGGGGUGCAGGGUGUCCAAGGCGUCCAGGGAUACUCUUACGCCGGCCAGUUUGCGGGCUACCAGCAGCAGUACAUGGGUAUGGGCGGAGUGCAACUACCGUGGGCGCUGGGUGGUGGCGUGGGCGGCGUGGGUGGUGUUGGCGGCGUGGGCGGAGUUGGCGGCGUGGGUGGCGUAGCGGCCAUGUCGCAACCUCCCCAGGUGCUGCACUACCCGGUGCAGCACUUCCAGGUGCAGCCGAUUGGCGAGGACGAGUGGCUGGCCCCGAGCUUGCUUGUGUGAGGACAACGCGCCACGCCCCAGGACCCUGCCUGCUGCUGUCUGCAGAAGGAGUGGAUGUAAACACCCCAGCACUCCUUGAUGUUCUUGCCAUUUCCUAUAACAUCCUUAUCAUUCUCGUUAUUUUGGUUUGGCGCAUUCUUGUCGAUUCAAAUUACAUUCUUGUCGAAUUAGAUCGCAUUCUUGUCGAUUCGGUUUACAUUCUUGACGUUUCGUUUUAAAUUCUUGUCCGAUUUAGUUUGUAUUCUUGUCGCUUAGAUUGCCAAUCAUAUUAUGAUUAGCAUUAUUGUAUGCGAUGUUGUUAUUUUUUGUGUUAACGUCUAGAAUAACAUGG